AUGUUCAAUAAUUCACCUUUAAAUUAAAAAGCAUCAUACAUCAUCGGAUAAUCUAAGAUAACAUAAGAUGUGAAAUCUAAUUGUUAACAACUAACAAGUUUUUCCAAUCAAUAAUAAUUAAACCUUUCAUCUUAAUAAGUACAGUAGUUUUAUUACUAGAACAAUUAGACUUAAACUUUAUAAGUAUAAGGGGCUGCUCCUUAAUAAGGCAUAGUUGCUUAGUAGUAAUUUCAAUCGAUUAGAUCAGUGAGAGUUAAUUAAGUGUCAACUAGAUCAGUUCCUCAAUAAGUACUAAUAAAAUUAAAUAUUUUAGCUUGAAUCAUAAGUAUCAGUAGGAAAUAUUAUUGUACCUCUUCAAUAAUAGUCCCAGCAACAAUCCUAAUAAAUUAGAAUAGAAGGUCCAAAAUCAUUAAGAAAUUAUGUAACUUCAUCUCCUCAAGCUCCUUUAUCGCAUAAAUCAAACAAUAGUUUUUAACUUAUAAAACCAACCUUUGUUGAAUACUAUCCUCCAGUAUAUGUUCCUCAUGUAGAACCUAUACAUACAUAAACAAUUAUCGAUAAUCCAAUUCAGGUGGUUGACCUAAUAAAGUUUGAAGAAAUGUGGAGUAAAAGAAUGAAAGGACUUGAAAAUAUGCUAGAGUCAAAAACCUAAGUAAUUGUCGAACCUGAAAACUAUGAAUUAAGAGCCUCAAAUGACAAUGAUAAUUAAGCAAUUAUAGACUUAUAAACUGAACUUUUUAGUGUAAAAACAUAAUUAGAAGAUAGAGAGGCAGAAAUUACUCUACUGAAAUAAAAGUUAUAAAAUGCUAUAUAAUAAGCAGAAUGUGUGAACAGUAUUAUUUAUAUAAAAUAAUUUUAGAGCAAAACAAAAGUGAUUCCACUAUUUUGACAUCAGAAAUGUAAUUCAAAAUUACAACUUUAUAAUAAACUAUUGAUAAUUUAUAAUUAGAUUUGAAAUCUGUUUAAGAAAUAGUAGAAAAAUAUAAAUAAGAAAAUUUUUCAUUAAAAUGUGAAAUCCAAAAUCAAUUAGCUAUGUUGAAUGAAAAAGAUGAAAUCAUUAUUAAAUUAAAAUAACAAUUAAAAUAGACUCUUGAUUAAAAUUCUUUAGAUGCAUGUAAUUAUUUAAUUUAUAAAAGAAUCAAAAAAUAAUGCUUCUUAAUAAAUAAUAUCUGAGUUAUAAAUUAAAUUGACUUCUCUUGAAUAAACUAUAUUAAGCUUAUAAUCAAAUAUGAAUUAAAAAGAUAGUUUACUUGAAAAACUGAGAAUCGAAAUCAAUCAACUUUAAAUUGAAAAAUAACAUAUCAAUGAAUUAUGCAUUCAAAAAGAUGAUACAAUAUCAAAAUUAUAAAUGGAAUUAAAUGAACUCUAUUAAUAAGUUGAUUAAUUAAGUGAAGAGAUUACAACUACCUAGUCUGUCAAAACCUUUGAGGAAGAAGCCAAAAUUUGGAAAUCAAAGUUUAAGGAAUUAAAUGACAUUUAUCAUGCUUGUUAAGAAAAAUUAAUGAUCAAAGAGGCAGAAUAUGAAUCAUUAGUGAAAUAACAAAGUCAAUAAAAAAUAGUAACUUAAACUACAGUAAUUAAGUAAAAUAGUUCACGCUCUGACUUAAAUGUAAUUAUUUUCUUAUAUUAAAGAAUUCUGAAUAUACAUCAAGUAGUAUGACCUAAAAUGAGAUCGAUAAAAUGUAAAACAUUCAAAAACCACUUAUGAUGUGAUA